ACUUCUUUGGGUCUCUGAAUCGAUGUAGUGAACCUCACAGUAAUCCAGAAUGCGGCAGGGUAUUGCAAGGAGUAUUUCAGUCCCCGUUUCAUGCACAUGUCUCACCUCCGUGAAUGCACUACUCUUGUCCUGAACCUCAUUGGAAAAGUCAGGGAAAAACUCCACCUUUGUCCCUUUCCAGUGAAAAGUCCUAAAUGAAUUUACUCUGAGCCGGAACAUCUCCUUGUCAGUGUAUGAGCAUGAACACUGGUUACUUGCUUUAGUAAUCGCUGGGGGAAUGGUUCUCUGCUGGCUUGUCUUCUCACGCUGCACAUCUGUCUCUCUCAAUGAGUAUGUGGAGGGGUUAACAUGGCGCCAGGUGAAUCACCAGGUUGUGCUGAAUCACAGAUUACAGAGCAAUCAAGCCAAGCUUAUGGAACCAGUGAGGACUGACGUGCUGACUGUAACCCCAUGGCUGGCUCCUAUAGUCUGGGAGGGGACCUUCGACCCCCUGGUCAUAGACGAGGCCUUCAGGUCCCACAACCUCACCAUUGCUACCACUGUGUUUGCUGUAGGGAAAUACACUCGUUUUCUCUGUGACUUCUUAGAGUCAGCUGAGAAGCACUUCAUGGUGGGGCUGGAUGUGCACUACUACGUGUUCACCGACCUGCCCGGCGAUGUGCCUAGCAACAUGACUCUUGGUGUCGGCAGGCUGCUCAGCAUCGUGAGCGUGCCGAAGUUCGACCGCUGGCAGGAGAUAUCCCUCCGCCGCAUGGAGCUCAUCCAGACUGCCAUUGAGGAUCACAUCCACAGGGAGGCGCACUACAUCUUCUGCCUGGAUGUAGACAUGAGGUUCCAUGGCCGUGUGGGAUCCGAGGCGCUGGGGAGACUGGUGGCUGCCAUCCACCCCUGGUUCUACAUGUACCCCCGGAGCCAGUACCCCUACGAGCGGCGGGCCGUGUCCACAGCCUCUGUACCUCAGGACCAGGGAGACUUCUACUACCAGGCCAACAUAUUCGGAGGAGUGCUGGAGGAUGUUCAUAGGCUGACCAAGACGUGCAGGGAGAACCUGGAGGUGGAUAAGUCUGUGGGUGUGGAGGCUGUGUGGCAGGAGGAGAGUCACCUGAACUGGUACCUGGUGAAGAAUAAGCCCACCAAGCUGCUGUCACCUGAAUAUGUGUGGGACGACGCUAGAGGACGGGCCACCAAGGAGAUAAAACUCGUCCGCUUCUCCUCUGUCAUCAAGAACAAGGCAGAGGUCAGGGAGAACCCAUGAGAUGCAGCCCAUCCAGAUAUAUAUCUAUAGCUUAAACAGACAGAUAUCUAUAGCUUAAACAGACUGAUAUCUAUAGCUUAAACAGACAGAUAUCUAUAGCUUAAACAGACAGAUAUCUAUAGCUUAAACAGACAGAUAUCUAUAGCUUAAACAGACAGAUAUCUAUAGCUUAAACGGACAGAUAUCUAUAGCUUAACUUAAACGGACAGAUAUCUAUAGCUUAACUUAAACGGACAGAUAUCUAUAGCUUAACUUAAACGGACAGAUAUCGAUAGCUUAACUUAAACGGACAGAUAUCUAUAGCUUAACUUAAACGGACAGAUAUCUAUAGCUUAACUUAAACGGACAGAUAUCUAUAGCUUAACUUAAAUGGACAGAUAUCGAUAGCUUAAUUUAAACGGACAGAUAUCGAUAGCUUAAUUUAAACGGACAGAUAUCGAUAGCUUAACUUAAACGGACAGAUAUCUAUAGCUUAACUUAAACGGACAGAUAUCGAUAGCUUAACUUAAACGGACAGAUAUCGAUCAGGAAUGUUUUAAUAUGCUAAUUACCCCACCCGAGGUGAUGACAUUGACGCUAGAGUUUUAAAGACUCGAGCUAACUAUAUUUAAGCUCUUGAGUCUUCCUCAUCUCUGAGAACUGCCACAACAAAAUAAUUAUGUUCAAGACAACUGAGCGUGUUGUUGGUACCCACCCUAACAGCGACAUGUUAGCCUCCCCUGAUCUGUGAACAGUUUUAACAAUUAUUAUGAUGUGAAGCCCUUUAAUACUUGUAUUGAAAAGCGCUAUACAAAUAAAGUUUAUUAUUAUUAAGUUGACAUUUUA